AAUAAAAGUGUUCACGACAAGACGUACAGUGACGUAAUUUCCGGUUUGAACGGAGGCGCAGCAGUAGCAAAUCAGGGCGAUUGACGCGCGAGAUCAUGUAUGAGAGAGCCCGGUUUACGAAAACAUCGGACACUGUGGGGAAAAAGUAGCUGUCUUCAUGAAGUUUUAAUUGUCACAUACUCUCAGCUGUAAACACCGGACAGAAAUCCAAGAUGCCCAUUCCUCCCCCUCCCCCUCCUCCCCCCACCCUUAUCCAGGCAAACACAACCCCUCCCAAGCUGAGCCGAGAUGAAACGAAGGGCAGAGGGGCAUUGCUCUCUGAUAUCUGCAAAGGGACCAAGCUGAAGAAAGUUGGCGUUGUCAAUGACAGGAGUGCACCUAUGAUUGAGAGUAAGUGGAAGACACCUGAGAAUAGCAUGAAUUUGAUAGGUCAGCAAACGUGGGACAUCACUGAAUUCUUUUGUGGUUUUCCAGAGCCGAAAGGAAGUGGCGGAGGUGUGUCCAGCAGUGGAGGGUCUUCUGCACCGGUCCAGCCGGUGGGAGGGCUGUUUCAGGGUGGCGUCCCGAAAUUACGAUCUGUAGGAGAUGGUUCUGCAGGUAGGUCUGCAUUGCACCCUCCUGGCACUCGUUCUGCUGCUCCUCGCCUCCCCGGCAGCCUCGAUGAACCCAACAGUCCCUCUCAGCAGGCCUCUCCUCCAGAGUCUGGCCGUUCCCAGAGACCGUCCCUGCCUGAUCUCUCCCGUUCCCCCGGUGGAGGCAGCAGCCCGUCUACAGGCAUGAAGCACAGCUCUUCUGCCCCACCUCCACCACCCCCCAUGUCUCGGCGUGGAAAUGCUCCUCCUGCCCCACCGCAGAAAGCCACAGCGCCCUUGUACAAUCGUGAAAAGCCACUUCCGCCGACUCCAGGGCAGCGAGGACCUUCUCCAGCACCGGUGCGUGAAAAUGCACCCCCUCCACCAGUGAAACCUCCUCCGUCACCUGCGAGCAGCCGCUCGUCUUCAUCCUCUUCUUCCUCCCUGGCUCCGCCGCCGCCCCCUUACCGUCAGCAGUCUGGGGUUUCCAAUGGCCCCUCCAGUCCUGUGAAUGAGGCAGCCCCCGAACUGCCCCAGAGACACAACUCACUCAGCAAGAAGCCUUCUGCAGGUGGACACACACCGACACGUGGACAUGCGCCGCCUCCACCAUCGUCACCCACCCCACAGGCCGCCAGACCCCCUCCUCCAGCACGAGAGCCCCCGGGACGAGGCGCAGCUCCUCCAGUUCCUGGGCAGUCGUCACGAAAUGGCCGGGAUGCUCCUCCGCCCCCUCCACCUCCUUACCGGACUCAUGGCACUACCUCGGAUGUCCCAAGCCGAGGCAAGCCCCCUCCUCCCCCGUCCCGCACACCAGCUGGACCCCCGCCCCCUCCCCCACCCAUCCGCAAUGGACACACUUCCAUUUCCCGUUCCUUUGUAGAUGAUUUUGAGUCCAAGUAUUCUUUUCAUCCUCUGGAUGACUUUCCUCCUCCAGAAGAGUACAGACACUUCACUAAGAUAUACCCAAGCAAAGCUAACAGAGUAAUGAGAGGAGCCCCUCCUUUGCCGCCUGUUGGGAGGUAAACACUGUGACCAGUUGCUCGGGCUGCAUCGGCGACGAGGGUUCCUCAUACAGACCCAUGCGCUCAUAAACAGACAAUCUCACAUGCACAUCUAAAGACACAAAGCCUGCACCUUAUUAACAGCCAUUCCCCCAUCGGAUAACAUUCCUCUACAUUCCAGCAAGCUCCAUUGUAUCACCUUAGUCUGGUGCGGAAGGUCGUCUUCGCUCAGAAAAGAGUGAGAUGAAGGAAAGUAUUGCAUUCCAUCAUCAAUAACAGCUAACUUGAUUGUUUUCUCUUGUACCUAGGUAGCACUGCACAUUUGGUUGGAUGUGCACAGAGCUAGACGUGGCCGUCAGAGCCUGUAUGUAGGUAAAGCGUAGCACUUGAGAUGGGAAGCGGAAAGCAUGUCCCUGGAAAAUGUCUUAACUACUACGUCAGGCAACAUGUUCAAUGUUUUGUUGUUGGUUUUUCCUCUCAUCCGCUACCCCAUGUUAUGCACUGUGAAUAAUCACUCAGAGCAGAAAGCGUCUGAGUGUGAGCUGAACUGUAAAAACUGUAAGCGUUAGAUGUUUUUGUCUUUUGUCCUGGUCGUGUCCCUUUCAGGGACAAGCCAUUAUCUUUAAGUUCUCUCAGGGGGUUUGUUGGACUUCAUUACCCUCCGGUAAGUUUGUGAACGUAAGGUCCAGAAGUGCCAACAGAUGCUCUGCCAUUAAUAAAUCAGCAUGGCUCCUUCAGUCGUAACACAA